CACCAAGAUCUGAGUGUUCGCAUAAAAACACACCGUUCCUGAUUCAGUACCUAAAGUACAACCACCCACUAUGAAAGCGGGAGUCAUGUCACCCAAGCAGUGGAAUUAUCCUUAGGAGGAUCAAGGUUUCAACCUUGAUCCUACAAUCAAAGUGACCAAACAACCAAAUCAAUGACCAUGUCUCCACCUGCAGCAAUGUUCAAUGAGCCCGCCCACACCGAGGCUGCCCCAUUGAAGAAUGCCUUCGACGUGAAGAGCUUCGCCGUCAAUUCUCCCAAGGCCGAAUCUAAAACUCUUACCGAGUUGGCCGAUAAGUGGGAGCAAGGCUUCAAGUUCGCUCCCAUCCGCGAGUCUCAGGUCUCUCGUGCCAUGACCCGUCGUUACUUCACUGAUCUCGACACCUAUGCCGAGUCCGACAUUGUCAUUGUUGGAGCUGGAUCUUGCGGUCUCAGCACCGCUUACAUGCUCGGCAAGGCUCGUCCGGAUCUAAAGAUCGCCAUCAUUGAAGCUUCUGUAUCUCCUGGUGGCGGCGCUUGGCUCGGUGGUCAGCUCUUCAGCGCUAUGGUCAUGCGAAAGCCCGCUGAUGCGUUCCUGACUGAUCUUGGUGUUCCGUUUGAGGACGAGGGAGACUUCGUGGUUGUCAAGCAUGCCGCUUUGUUCACCUCCACCCUUCUCUCGAAAGUCCUAUCUUUCCCCAAUAUCAAGCUUUUCAACGCCACUGCGGUUGAGGAUCUGAUCACCCGUGCCAAUCCCGAUGGCACCCUUCGCAUCGCUGGCGUCGUUACAAACUGGACUCUUGUGACUAUGCACCACGAUGACCAAUCCUGUAUGGAUCCAAACACCAUCAAUGCUCCUCUAGUCAUCAGCACCACUGGACACGAUGGUCCGUUUGGUGCAUUUUGCGUCAAGCGCCUCGUGUCCAUGCAGCAGAUCGAGAAGCUCGGUGGCAUGCGUGGCUUGGACAUGAAUACUGCUGAGGACGCCAUCGUCAUUCGCACCCGCGAAGUUGUGCCGGGCCUGAUUGUUGGUGGCAUGGAGCUCAGCGAGGUCGAUGGGGCUAAUCGAAUGGGCCCUACCUUUGGCGCUAUGGCACUUUCCGGUGUCAAGGCCGCCGAGGAGGCAUUGAAGGUCUUUGAGGAACGCAAGCUCCAGAAUGCUUACUGAUUCGGACUAUCAUAAAUUUGAAAGUAAUACUUGGCAAGCGCAUAUUGUGGAAGCACAGGAUGAUUGAAACAUGGAUGGAGUGCAGUAAAGUAUAUAAGGACAAUUCAAUCACGCUCAUUACACAUCCAGCUUCACCAUGGCCUUUGUCAAACUCAAAAUAUACGGUGAAAACUUCUGUGAUUCACCCUCACUGCG